AUGAUAUUGUCUGUUCAUAGUCCAGUGUUUACAGCAAUGUUUGAUAAAGAUAUUAUUAAAGAAGCUGAUGCUGAUGCUGAUGCUGAUGACAAUGUCAUUAAAAUAAAUGACAUUGAACUUGAUGUUGCAUUACAAAUAUUAGAAUUUGUAUAUACAAAUAAAGCACCAUCUAAAAUUGAUUUACAUGUUGAUGCAUUGAUGGCAGCAUCACACAAAUAUCAAAUUGAUAGAUUGAGAAAUUUAUGUGAAGAAAUUUUAUAUAAAAAUAUUAAAAUUGAUAAUGCUGUUAAAACAUUGAUCAUUGCUGAGUUACAUGGUACUGAAGAAUUUAAAAAAUUUAUCAUUGAAUUUUUUAAAAAUCAUGGAUCGUUGUUGAAGUCAAAUGAUUUUCGAAAUUUGGAAAAGGAUUAUCCAAAUUUGGCUAUUGAAGUUCUUCGUGGUAUUGCCAUUGAAACAGCUAAUGAUAAGUAA